AGACCACCGCAGCAGCGCUUUGGAGCAGCCCAAUUUCAACCAAUCCAUUGUCCUCGAGCUGAAUCCUGCUUCAUUAUCUGUUUCCUAUCAAAAUCUCUUGAGGAAGACCAGAAAAGGCACCUCCAAAUGUCAUUCACCACCCCCCUCCGCCGGAGUACGGCCACCGUCGCCAAAGUCCAGACCUCCACCACCUUCAUCUGCUCGCAAUGUCGACAUGCAACCCUCCUCCGCCGGCCUAAGCGCCCAUACACCUUCACUCAGCUCAUUACCAUGUCUGAUGGCAGUACCUUCACACACCGCACCACCUCUCCGGUCCCCGUCUACCGCUCCACCCGAGACACGCGCAAUUCCCUGCUCUGGAACCCAUCGUCGAGCAAAUUGCUGAACGUCGAAGAGGACGAGGCUGGUCGAUUGGCUGCUUUCCGAGCCAAGUUCGGUAGGAGCUGGGACGCAAAUACACCCACCGAGGAGGAGGUACAGGAGAAGCAGGCUGCUGGCCAGAGCAAAGCGGAGGCCGAAGCAGAGGCUGCUAGAGAACAGGAAGAGGAGGACAACUUAUUGGACUUGAUCAGCUCGUUUGGACAGGAAGAGCAGGGUGCCCCCGGGAAGAAGAAGGAUUAAGCUCGUUCGAGAUGGGGGGAGAGCAUAUUGGGAUUUCUGAAAGAUAAUCGGAAUUGGUAGCGAUUCGCAACACGCUAGGGAGUUGACAUUGUUUUGUUUUCUUUUUGUACGAUACGAAAAGAGGAUGGGAAGACCGCAUGGACGAUAGCAUUCAUAUCAUUAUUCGGGCUGUUCAUGGCUGGUGGGCAGGAUGUCUUGUGGCAGACAUCAUGCGGGUGUAUCUUUUUUGUUAUCAUCGUUAUUAUGGCCCAUAUUUGUUAGACUUUCAUGUAUAUGUACAUCAUACCAUCAUACCACUUGUUGGAAAUUUCAACCUCGAGCAUGAAGCUCAAACAAUAUUGGUAAUUGAAGCAAUCGUA